GCUUUUGCAUGCAGAUUAGAAUCGAACAGGCAGCCUCCUGAUUAGAGAGAAGCGAUCGACGCCCACAGCCGCAGCUCGUAUGUGGAGCUUCUCUCCCUUGUUGCAGUGUUCCAUCUUCAGGGCUUCAACAUGUCGCUCCUCUUAUUUCUAACGUCGUCUCUAUUAUUCUCCUGUCUGGACAGUUUGACUGAAGCCCACUCAACGCAUUUACCGAGGAGGGUGUUCACAGACAAAGAGAUUGCAGUUAAAAGGUCACCUGUACCUGGAAAUCAUGCACCUGUACGGAUUCUCCUGAGGGGAGAGCCAGACUCUGUCACAGCCGCAGGACAAACCCACUUGUACACGUACGACUUUCAGCAGCCCCAGGAGGCUCCUGUAGAAAGGAGGCUGGUGUGGAAGGAGUGCGCCGACAGCAGCACUCCUGAGAAUUGCGGCUGUAACAUCACAGUGGUCCACGAGAGGCAGGAGGCUGACCAGGCGUUAGUGUGUGGAACCAACGGCAGAGUGACGCUGUGCUGUGACGUGAAUUUAUCUGAACACUCACCCACAUGCACCCCUUCAAAUAAAUUGGGGCCCAUAGAAAAGAGCAUCAGGUCAUUCAUCACGAAGGAAGGUGAACCAUCUGCACUUGUGGAAUCAGCAGAAAGUGCCGACCUCUACAUCACGAACUCUGGAUCGCAGGAGUAUGUUGGCAUCCACAAGUUUGGUAAAAACAGAGUUGGCCCAGAGAACCAUAACAAAGAGCAACACUAUGUGGGUUUGAUGCUCAGCAGAGGAAGAGAGGAUUCCUUACAGGAUAAGGUUUUUGCUUUCUACAAGGAGAAAAACAGAGAUACUGGCGUGCAAGAUGACAUGUGGCUCCCGUAUGUCACCCAGGUUUGCAUGGCAGAUAUUGGGGGUCGCAAGAACAACAUGCAGCUCAGGUGGACGUCCCAGAUCAGUGCCAGGCUCUUCUGCGGAGACCCCGACACCAGACAGCAUUUCUCUGAACUGGUAGAUGUGGCUGUUGUGCAGGCAGACCAGUGGCAGGAUACCAGGGUUUAUGGACUCUUCAGAAAUGAAUGGCACAUGACCGCUGUGUGUGUUUACACCAUUAACGAUAUUGACCACAUCUUUAAAACCUCUGCAUUUAAAGGCCAAAGCACAGCAAACUCUAAGGACAGAUCUCGGAAGUGUGUUAAAGACAGCACGACGCUCUCUCAUGAGACCCUGAAGAUCAUCGCUGGGACUUCAGAGAUGGAGCAGCGGGUGCAACCUGUGAACAAGUCUGGUCCCCUGCUUUUUAAUCACCACAACUACACCCACAUCUACGCUGACAGCUCGCAGCACAAGAGGAACGAUCCCCACACAGUUCUGUUUCUGUCGCUCAAUAAUGGAGCAAUUCAUAAAGUGAUACAGACGGGAAGUCAGACCUUUUUCACCGCUGAGUACCACCCCUUCAACCACAGAGCCCACAUCAGCAGCAUCAUCCUUCAUCCCUCCUCGAGGAAGCUCUAUGUCAACACCAGAAGUGAACUGGUCCAACUGGAUGUGGAAAACUGUGCCAAGUACGGAGACUGUGAGGAGUGUGUCUUAGCCAGAGACCCUUACUGCGGCUGGAACCGCAACCACUGUUCCCCUGCAACGAGUGAUACACUGCAGGAUUUGACCACAGGGAACUCAACCAUCUGCCCUGUUCCAGCUUUUAGAUAUUCCACUGAUGCACGUGCACCUGAGAGGGUUGGCCGCAUCGCUGUUCCCUCCAACUCCAAGUAUUUCCUUUCCUGUCCGAUGUUGUCUAAUCAUGCGGAGUAUACCUGGCGUCAAGGGGUAAGCUCCAUACCCUGCAGGUUGAAGGAGCAGGAGUGCCUACUUCUCAUCAAAAGCAUGAGUCCAGAGGAGGUGGGAACUUACAUGUGUGUGUCAGAGGAGCUGGGCUUCACAAAAGUCCUGGCACAGUACGAGCUGCAGCUGGAGAGCAGGGCAGCGAUUGGUCGAUUGUCAAGCCCUCUGGUCUGGGUUUGCCUGGUGGCUGCUCUGAUUAAGAGUUAGUCCUGUUAGUCCGGAUUGAGUCCAGGGAAAGGUUAACAAUGAUCAUAUUGCAUACAGCACAGUAACAGGGACUAGGGAUUUGAAAUUAUGCUAACCUUCAAACGAUUAUUAUUAAAAGACUUUAAAGUGUAAAUGUAUUUCAAAAGCUUAAACAUUCCUCUUUUGGCAUAUCUGCACCCUUCUGUGUCUCUUGCCUUUAGCUGCACAUAAACAACAGACUGUACACUUAACAAUCCUAUUUAUAUGUGAAAUUCUGUCCGUACGUUCUUUUUUUUGUGUUCUACCUCAGACCUGGCUCUGAGUCACAGCAGACUGAACUGUCAUCUCUCUGCCAAUAGUCUUCUGUUUAACAGGCUUAAGGUAACAUGCUCAUAAUGUGAAAUACUGCUAAGAUAUGGAAAGUUAAGAGGUACUUUUUUUCAGCUUAGCCUUUUUUUACUGAGUGAAGAGUGGAAAUCGAAAGCAGUCGUAAACCUGAGCUGCUUUCAGGCACCACCGUUGUGUAAUGAUUGAAAACUAUUGACUGUAAAUAAAGAUGGACGAUGAGUCUCCACCUCCUCCUCUAUCCAGAAGUGAGGCCCAUAAAUGAUAUACAAAUAUCCUGCAUACGAACACCGCCAUCUUGUGCCUGUGACGUCAUUUGGAGGCAGAGACUGUGCAGCAGUGAUCAUGGCGUGGAGCCAUGGUGUGGAGGUCCGGGUGAUACACACUCUUGGCCAAUUGUGAGCCAGUCUCAGCCUUCAAUUAUGACGUUCCACUCGUUUAUUAUCAAAUAACACAUAAACACCGCUUAUUUUAUUUAAAGUGUACUUUUAGCUUGGUCCAUGUCUCAUCUGCUAACAUUGAGGAGGUGGUGUUAGUGACGUGUACUGCAGCCAGCCACCAGGGGGCGAUUAGAUGCUUCCACUUGACUUUUGGGGAGUCAUCAACGUCCAUAUUUAUAUACAGUCUGUUUUAUACUGUAUGUUUAAUAGCUGGUCAACAGUCUAUGCAUCAACCACUGUUACAAUGUUGUUAAACAUUAACUGCUGUAUUAUAUAUUAGCUGUAUUUUACGACUUUGCUGUUUUCAUUGGUCCAACAUGCGGGAAGUUCUUGAGCACUUUACAUUUUGUGCUUUAAUAUAUAUAAUAUAUAAUAUAUGAUGACUGAUUGAUGACUUGUUUGAACUUGAUGAAUGUUAAUUGGAAAAAACUCAAUAAAGCAAUAUAUUUAUGUAA